AUGCUGGCGGCGUCCCUUCCGUUCGAGCUACAGGCCCUCGCACUCCGUCGGGUAUACGAACACCGGAGGGCCCUGGUCUCGGACGGGCGUGUGACGCCGGCGGCGUCCGCCGUGGACGUCCGGGAAGAAGCGAAGCUGGAGACCUGGGAGCGGUGGCGCUCUCAGCAGCUGGAAGAGGCUACCGUGCGACCGCAUCGGGAUGUUCGCGCCAUCCUUCCCUACUGGGAGGAGUGGAGGGAUCGAGGCGGGGUCCCGCUGACAUUUAGAACGACGCAGGUGCUCACCGGUCACGGAGUGUUUGGCGAGUACCUGCUCAAGAUCCGGCGAAACGUGAAGUCCACCUGUCACCACUGCGAGGAGGAAGACACGGCGCAGCACACGUUGGAGAUUUGUCCGGCGUGGGAGGUACCGUGGCGCGCCCUACGACUCGAAAUUGGCGAGAGAUUGGCCCCCGAAGCGAUCAUCGCGGCUAUGCUCAGGGGGCGCCAGGAAUACAUCGCCGUCCGCACCUACUGCGAGCAGGUGAUGCUUGCGAAGGAGCGAACGGAAAGAAGGAGGGAGAGAACGCGGCAUCCCAGCAGAGCGCAGAACCAAGGAGAUUCCGCGCGCCACGGUGCGGUGGCACUGCCGCCGUAG